UUGAGCUCUGAAUGAGGGGCCAUCGUCUCCCCGGCGCCUCGGAUGUGGCAAAUACACUUUAAAGUCUCCGUGGACACGUUCAGUGAUGAACCUGCGGGUUUCCCCCAUGCACACCGGAGCCUCUGCACCGCGGGUCGCCCUCUCCUGACCGGGUUUCUUUGGACCUGCCACCCCCUGCUCCCAAUGAUCUUCGAUUUUCCAUCUGACAUUUCCAAAGACUCCCCUCACAUCUGAUUAGACUUUAUUCACAAUUCUGUACAUAUAGCCUUCUUUCUCCAGCUUGAAUUCAGUCAACCACCCAGCACCUGUUUCACCCUAUUUCCCCUGACCCCCUUUCUCCUCCUUUCUGAUUAAGUUACACAUCAAAACGCACUUUGUUCCACACAUAACGCACACACAUAAAUCAGCCACCAUGUCCUCCAUCCUUCCCUUCACUCCCCCGGUAGUGAAACGUCUCCUGGGAUGGAAGAAGACUCCAGCAAGUACCGGGGGAGCAGGAGGAGGAAUUGGUGGAGUCGGGGAGCAGAAUGGAGGAGGUCAGGAGGAGAAAUGGUGCGAGAAAGCCGUGAAGAGCCUGGUGAAGAAGCUGAAGAAGACAGGGCAGCUGGAUGAGCUGGAAAAGGCCAUCAGCACACAGAACAGCAACACAAAGUGUGUCACUAUACCCAGCAAUUGCUCAGAUCUAUGGGGUCUAGGCUCAGGCCACACGAUAGCGCAGUGGGACUCUGCAGGCAUGUAUGGAUACCCUGACCACAGCAGGUCUCUGGACGGGCGUCUUCAGGUGUCCCAUCGCAAAGGCCUGCCGCACGUCAUCUACUGCCGCCUCUGGAGAUGGCCCGACCUUCACAGCCACCAUGAGCUGAGGGCCAUCGAUACCUGCCAGUACGCCUUCAACCUCAAGAAGGAUGAAGUGUGCGUCAAUCCCUACCAUUACCAGAGAGUGGAGACGCCAGUGCUGCCUCCAGUGCUGGUUCCACGACAUACAGAGAUUCUGACAGAGCUUCCACCUCUUGAUGAUUUUACAAACUCCAUUCCUGAGAACACCAACUUCCCUGCGGGCAUAGACCCACCGAAUAACUAUAUACCAGAAACUCCUCCCCCCGGCUAUAUCAGUGAAGAUGGAGAGACCAGCGACCAGCAGAUGAAUCAGAGUAUGGAAUCAGGCUCACCAGCAGAAAUGUCACCAAGCAGCCUGUCACCCGUCAGUCAUGGCCUGGACCUUCAGCCAGUCACCUACAGUGAACCAGCGUUCUGGUGCUCCAUAGCCUACUAUGAACUAAACCAGCGGGUGGGGGAGACGUUCCACGCCUCACAGCCUUCUCUGACAGUCGACGGCUUCACCGACCCCUCCAACUCUGAACGCUUCUGUCUAGGGCUCCUCAGCAACGUGAACAGGAACGCAACUGUCGAAAUGACAAGGAGACAUAUAGGUCGCGGUGUGAGGUUGUAUUACAUCGGAGGGGAGGUGUUUGCCGAGUGCCUCAGCGACAGUGCCAUUUUUGUCCAGAGUCCCAAUUGUAACCAGCGGUACGGCUGGCAUCCUGCCACAGUCUGCAAGAUACCACCAGGCUGUAACCUGAAGAUUUUUAACAACCAAGAGUUUGCUGCACUGCUGGCCCAGUCAGUCAAUCAGGGAUUCGAGGCGGUCUACCAGCUAACCAGGAUGUGCACGAUCAGAAUGAGCUUCGUCAAGGGCUGGGGAGCCGAGUACAGGCGUCAGACAGUAACCAGCACCCCCUGUUGGAUCGAGCUGCAUCUCAACGGCCCCCUCCAGUGGUUGGAUAAGGUGCUGACCCAGAUGGGCUCCCCCUCAGUGCGCUGCUCCAGCAUGUCAUAAACAGGCUCCCGCUGCGGUGGACGCAAACUCAGACUGACAUUUCAUGAUGUUUGAACAGUACGUUCUGAAGAAGACAACCACGCCGUCUUAAACUGAUGAACUGACAGCAUUUUAAAAGCAUCAACAACAACAACAACAACACAAACGGAAAAAAACGAUUACACAUUGGACCUGGAGGAGAGAAUGACACGACUAAUGGACAGGAGGGGAAUGUUAACAGUGAUGUCACACUGGACCUGGUUACCUUUUGGCUCUGUUGGAUCAGCAACAGGCUGACAUUCCAGUAAUCACGGACCUAUGCAUGAGAAUUGAAAUCAUGCUGCAAUAUCAAAAAUGCUAAAUGAAGAGCGAGGUCGUAACGGACCAGACUGCAUUUGUGUUUUUGGUAUUUGAACGAGGCUGCAGCCCAGAGAACACACAGCAGGACCGGGCUUCCGUGUCCUCAUCAUCGACCCGACCGUGGUUGUUCCUGGGAUUGAACGUGUAAACAGGACAAGUCUGUCCAACCACAAGUCCACCUGGCCUCUUCCCUACCAACCACAGCACAAACUUUGACUCAUCAUCGAUACGUUUCCGUUUACACGAGGGUUGACUGACAGUACUGCCACUCUUCUGCGUUAGAAAUCGACCUCAGGCCUGGACAUGAAUUUCUCAGCAUCUCUUGGUUUUGAUGACCAAACUUCCAGCUCAUUUUUAAAGUCUAACCCCUUUCUCCCCCCCGACCACAGGGUCCUCAACCCUUAGAGCGGUGCCCACUGGAAGAACGAAAUGUAAUUAAUAUGACAUGCCCUGUCUUUACAUGUUCACAUGCACACAAACACAUACUGUGACAGAAACACACUUUUAAAGUUCAUACAUCACUUGAGUAGAUAUUUGAACACGUUGUUUUACUUACAGAAUUCCUCUGUGCAGAACGUGGGUCGGUCCGAUUUGAGGAGUGUGCAGUGGAGCAGAUGUUUCUUCUAUGAGGAGUUUUUUAUUUUAUUUCAAAGUUUGGUCACUAGCGAACCAGCACAGAUAACUGGAAUGAGUAAGCUGAGGAAUCCUCAGAGUAAGAAACAUGCGACGUGUCACCUCUGUGGAACUUCAAACCGCUUAAAUCUUUGAACGUUUAGUCAUUAGAAAAAAAAAAAAAAGACAAAUCCAGAAGGAUUUACUCACAGUUCUUCUAGUUCGUCAGGCCCAACAAGAUGCACUAUCUCUCUUUCCCUCCCGCAUGCUCUGGCUGUCUCUCGCUUCCAUUCUCGCCAUUUUUACUAUUCUAUCAUCAUGUAUAUGAAGGGGAGUCAGAUGUCCGCUGCGUGCAGGACCAGGACUCGAUGUAAACCCAAGAGUCUAAGCUUCAGUGUCGCCCCCUGCUGUCGAACAGACUAAAAAGAGAAACGCUCAUCUCAUGACGUUUCACAAAUGUAUAAAACGUGCAAGUCUCUUGAUUAUUUGCUUGGACUGAUGCACGGUUGUCUUUCAUUAUCGACAUUUUAUUAAUAGAGUCCCGCAGUGUGGGACUUUAAAAGAAAAACGCCCCUAUACUGUACUUGCACUGCCCCCAAUCAUGCACCCGUAAUACAGAUGCCUUUUAUGUAAAGUUCAGCAAGAUAUGCUUUGAAAUGUACAGAUAGGAAUGUUGCAAAUCCCACCUGAAAUUAAGAAAAUCAGAAGAAUUUUUUUCAUAAAUUUAGGAUAUUCGCUAUAAAUAUUGAGUCCAUAUAUUGUCUGAAUUGGCUAAUUGUCUGGAGCAUCUAUUUGGUUUUAAUAAGAUCCCCUUGGCCUGAUCUAAAAGCCAGCUAAUACCUAUGUCGGUAUUUUUAGAGCCCAAAUCUUUUCAACUCAAAGUAUUUAAGCUUUAAGUAUUUGACAAGCUAGUUAAACGACAGUUAUUAUUUUUCUUUACACAUUCGUUUAGCUACAUUUUUGUAUUUUCAUGUAUUUUUUUAUAUAUAAAUAUAUUUAAAAUCUUCAAAGCUUUCUUCCUUUUUAUUAGAAUUCACAUAUUUUUUAGAAUAUGCCCUCCGGUUUGAAAUGAUCACAGCUCGACGGUGAAGAAGUGAAUGUGAAGUAUGUAGCAUAGGAUCUAAUGUGUAUCGCUGAGAAUAGUUCUUUGGAAUCUUUUGGCGGUUGAAGCUGUUGAAAAAAGACAUUUCUUGCCUUACUGUUACUAAUUCUUCAACUCGAGGGUCGCGACCCCAAAUUGUAAUAGUGCUGUCCCAAAGACUGAAUUCAUGUAUUUAUGGUAUGUCCUGUACACUGCAGAUCCACUGUGUCAAAAAUACGAACUGCUGUUGAAAGCCUAGCUCCAGUUUUUAAGUAUUUUAUCUGCGUCAAGGUGAUGUUCAAACUUUCCGAUGUAAUUUGCCACUUUAGUUAGUUGCUCAAACACACAUUUCCAAUAUAUACAAUAGUCAUUUGAAAAGUUAGCUGUUUUUAUAUAGCGAAAAAUUCAGACUUUUUGAAAGUAUUAGGGUUUAAUCCAUCACUUCACAUCACAUUAUUAAUUUCCAGUAUCGCUGCAGUUAGUAUUAAUUAAAAAAAUCUCUGACUUUGAGGUGAAUUUGAUUAACUCCACUUUACUUAAGGACAUUCCAGUACGCGGCGUCAAAGCUGCAGCCAAUCCCAGCACUGCAGCGGUUCAAUUCUCAGUAUGGUUGUACACUGUUAACUGACAGGGAUUGUGUUUUUAUGCACACAGGUAUUGAUGGUGUUAUUUCCCUUGGGGGGGGUAAUUAAGUAGGACAUGUAAAUGGGACUAUACAUGCACCGCCAUCUUGGAUCAAACUGUCACAUUCCAGAUAUCUGCUCUGACUUUCUACAUACUGGAAAAAAUACAAACCUCACGCAGGUCUUAAUUUCUUACACAACGAUGCGGGUGCAUGUGAACACAUUCACAGUUUCUAUCUUAAUUUUCUCACUCCCGAUACAUACGGCAGAAAAUGUACAGUUAGAAAAUAAAUGUUGUGAAACGCCAGAUGAAGGUUUAGUUUAGAGACGAGAAGUCCAGAAAUCCUGAUGUCUAGUCGUCCAUGUCGUCCGUCCUGCAGAAACUUUAGAAAACAGACAAUUUGUAUCAUUGGAUACACACUUGAGAAAUGGCAUCCUCUGACCAAAGUGACAGAUUGACACUUAAAAAAAAAAAUCUCCCAAGCAAGUGACGAUCCUCCAAGACGAGUUCUUAAUGGUUUGACCCAAGUUUUGAAUAAGUACAAAUCAUUCCAUGCUCAUUUGUAACCAAACAAAAAAAUCAGCCAAAUUCCGUGAUGUUGGUCUCUGUGUGUUUAUCUUUCUUUUCUCUCGUCUGUCCUGUCUUUUCUCUGCUCUUGUUUCUUUGUCAUUUAUUAGGCGACAAAGUUGAAUCAACUCCACCAAGGUCAGGACACCACAUGCUAAAAUGAAACUAGUGUUGUGUCUUUGCAAACCCACGGUUGUUCUAUGCAGUGGCAUCGAAUUGUCUAGACGCAUUUCCCCCAUUUAGAAGUAUACUUGGUGUAUUUCCUGAUGACUCGACAAACUGUUGUAAACAUUUAGCCAGGGUCCAGCAAAAGCCUUUUUCUUUUUUUAAUCUACUUUUCUUUCUUUAAACGAGUGCCACCUAGAAUUGUUUCCCCCAGAAACAUCCACCUUUUCACACCAAUAACAAAUUAGGUUUCUUAUAGACGACAUCUACACAUUUCGAAGGGUCCAAACUCCCAUUUACAGAUCAUGUUUUAUUUUAUUUCUUCUUAUUGUGAUGACAAUUGUGUAUCUCCAAUAAAGCCGCUUUCUGAUGAAUUUUUCUGAUAAAAAAAAAAAAAAGAAGGUGGUUACUUUGGAGAAAAGUGAAGUUUCUACAAGUCACUAGUGUUUAUUGUAUAGUUUUUACUUUUAUUUGACCAUACAUGCUUUAUUUUAUUUUUCUUGCUAUCGACAGAUUAUUAUUCCAUUAGAAAACACGCUGUUAGGAUUUCUGUCUUCUUCAAACACUGAUGAUUGAAUCUUCAUAGACUUUCCAACUAUUCUACAUAUACAUUCAACUUAUUACAGUGUACACUAAUAAAGCUGUUUUAAAUCAA